CAGGUAAUCUGAUAUCCGGAUGGACCCGUCAAAUGACCCCUGCCAAGGGCAGUUGUAAGCUGAGAUAGGCAAUAUCGUCGUAUGUUGACCAUAAGAUGAGUAUCAGUCUCAUAAGUAUAAGUAUGGGAGCAAACCGCUCUCAAGUUUCCCUUCUCAUCAUCCUCUUCAGUACAACUCAAUUUCCGACAAACACUACUCUAGCACAACGUUGUUCAACCUCAACCAUAAUCUAUCAAGAUGUCCAAGUCCCUCAAGGUCGCCGCCAUCCAAGCCGAGCCCGUCUGGAACGAUCUCCAGGGUGGUGUCAACAAGUCCAUCGGUCUCAUCCAAGAGGCAGCAAAGAACGGUGCCAACGUCAUCGGCUUUCCUGAAGUCUUCAUUCCUGGAUAUCCAUGGAGCAUCUGGGCCAACUCCCCCACUGAGAACGCACCUUGGAUCAAUGAGUACUUCAAGAACUCAUUGGAGAGAGAGUCACCUGAGAUGGACCAGAUUCGAGCUGCUGUUCGAGAGGCAGGUGUUUUUGUUGUUCUUGGAUAUAGUGAGAGGUACAAGGGAACCCUUUACAUCGCACAGUCCUUCAUUGAUGAAACCGGCACCAUCGUUCUGCACCGCCGUAAGAUCAAGCCCACUCACGUUGAACGUGCCAUCUACGGUGACGGACAGGGCGAGUCUCUGACCAACGUUGCCGACACCAAGUUUGGAAAGGUUGCGGGCCUUAACUGCUGGGAGCACACUCAAACACUCUUGCGCUACUACGAGUACUCCCAAGAUGUUGACAUCCAUGUCUCCAGCUGGCCAUCCAUCUUCCCCCAGAACGUCCCCGAGUGGCCCUACCAUAUCACACCCGAAUGCUGCAAGGCUUUCUCUCACGUCGUCUCCAUGGAAGGAGCGUGCUUUGUUCUUCUUGCAAGCCAGAUCAUGACUGAGGAGAACCAUGAGAAGGCCAACGUUAAAGGCUAUGACUAUACCAAGAAGUCUGGUGGUGGCUUCAGUAUGAUCUUCUCGCCUUUCGGAGAGGAGCUUGUGAAGCCUCUCGAUCCGCAUGAGGAAGGCAUUCUUUAUGCUGAUAUUAACCUUGAGGAGAAGUACAAGGCGAAGCAGAACUUGGAUAUCGUUGGCCAUUACUCGCGACCUGAUCAGCUGAGCCUUCGCGUUAACCGCCAUGCUGCUAAGCCUGUCUUUUUUGCCAAUGACCUUUGAGCUCAUGGGUCUGAGUCCAGGGCGAGAGGCUGGUAUGAGGAAUGGUUCCGUUCGUAUUGACGGGUCACAGUUCGAGUGGCUGAAGUCGGGAAUUAUUGUAGUUGAGAUAUGGUCACCAGAUAGUUCGGAUAGCACAAUUUAAGAG